GAGUGAUCUGGGGAAGUUGUGUUUCACUUCAGAUGAGGAUUAAACACUGAUUAUGCUGAAUUAAAAGCGAAAAUAACGUUGGAUUUUGUCAAGACAGAAACGUUUGAUGCUUGGACACAUCCAGAGAGCAUGGGUUUCGUUCUGAGCACGCAGCAAGGGGCGAAAACACCUUUGUUUGAUGGCUGUGUUGUGGUGUAUGAUGAUGAGUUCAAAACAACUGACAGAAAGCAUAGACUAAUUGUGAAGAAAGUGGUGGCAGGGGUUGAUGAAAAACCAACGAUUCUUGAGGAGCACAAAGAAUAUCUUCGAUACAUAACACCUCAUUUUAGAGCAGGCGCAGUGAUAACAGUUCCACCCCUCAAAGAAGAUGAGAAAUGGCAGUUUGGUUUUAUACAGGGCUGUACCAACAUGGAGUUCUACAACUACUAUGGCGAGGAAGGAUACACUAGCUGGGAGUUCCCUGAGAUUGAGAUGGGGCACUUCCCGAUGAUCAGCGACUCAGACGGGAGCCAGUUUCCCUGGUACGGGUCCUCCAGACGUGAGUUACACUCACUCAAUGGACCAACGACCAAAUCGCAGGAUAUCAAGAUCUCUAUGCAUGACAAUUUCUACCCACAAGUCACCUGGGCAGUUCCGAGUCAAAAGUGCACAAGUUACGAGCCGAAACUUUCAAAUGUUCGUCGCCAUCAGAACUUCUACACCUGGCUGGUGGCAAAAAAUGUGACACUGGAUAAGUAUUAUGUCUUGAAAACAAUGCAAUGGAAAGCAAACGUCGAAAUCGCGGUGAAUCCAUUUGCAGAGAUUGGAAAAAGGUGCUGUUUGAUCAAAGAUGAAUUUAGCCGAAAGUCCAAAGACUGUUUCCUCGAUACCAAUAUAGUAAUUCCGAAACAUGUUCUUCAUCCGCCAAAUGCAAAUUCGGCACAAACGUUGAUAUGGCGGUCAAAAAAGGACGGGUCGGCGAAUAUAGUUGUGCCACCUCAGUGGACUGUCCUCAAGUAUCGGGUCUUUUUCAAGAGGUAUAGCUGGUUAUCUCAGCUCAUGUCCAAGUCGAUGAUCUCAAAGACCCGCAAUGGAGACUACGUGCUGACCCAUCCGAGCAAUGAUGAAGAAUUAGUACAAACUCUGGAAGCAUUUCUCAAUCUACGGCACAAUCGUAAAAAUCACAUCACUCCGAAACAUCCCCAUCGCUUGGAGACAGGUAUUCGGGCAUGCGAAUAAGUAUUUCUCUCGUGCAUUGGUUGGCCAUUGACUGUAUUAUACACAAGGUGCUAUUACUCUUUUCACUGCUUGCCAUACAUGGUCAUGACCUUGACCCUAAAUAUUGUUGACCUUGACCUUAAAUGUUGCCAUGACAACACAGGUUUGAUAUAUACGGCUCAGUAUUAAACCAUUUUAAUAUGACUAAUGAGUUAUGUCGUUUAUUGCUGAUCGAAGACAAAUUUCCGAGUCAUAUGUUAACUUGAAAUUUUUAUGGCUAGUGAUGUUAUGGUCAUAAAGGGUUGAUAAUAACCUUGACAAUUUGUUGCUCUGUUGUCAUGGUGAUAACGUGGAUGUGUUUAAAAUUUGUGGUAUGGGAGGUGAAUUUGUUUGAAGUGAGUGAUAAAUUCUUGGUCUUUUGACAGUCUGAAAACCAUGGUUUUAAAAAGCUAUAGAAGUGCAAAGAUAACACAGAGAUACUGAUCAGGUGACGUUACAAAUGAUACUAUUCAUCUGUUGCAGUUCAUGAGACCAUCGCAAUAGAAUGGCCGGAGAGCUUGUUUCCUGGUAUUUUGAAUUCCGCUUUAUGAUAUACAUGUAUGAAAAGGCUGAUAAAAUGUGUCUACUUUGGAAAUGUUAAUGAGUUUUCCUGACAUGAGUGUGAAAUGGAAUGAUCCACAUUUCUGAAAUUUUCUAGAAGUUUUAGCUAAUGUGCAUGAUUGUAAUAUGCAUGAUUGGUGCUCAUGAGAAUGUAUGAGGUAAUAGGCCAAAUGGAUACUGCAUCUAAUCAACUGCUGAUUAUAAUGAUGAAUGACAAAUACUGGGAAACAUGAUCGUGUAAUAUUAGCAGGGUGUUGGAAUCUGGGUCUUCCUGGAAUGAAUCCUGGGAUGACAUGGAUCAUGUGAGUCAUGGCUAUCACUCAACGCUUGCAUCCUCUCACUGCAGGCUUUUGUAUCAGUCCUAAAGUACACUCAGAACAUGAGGUCUGCUGUCGGAGGAUGCACUCUUGAGCCACUGUGGUCGAUGACUUCUGUAUUGCCUGAUCUGACCCGCGAAAGUCUUCAUUGCUCAUAAAAUUCAAAAUAGAAUAUAAAUCUGGAGUUUUCACGUCCUUUUGUAUUUUCCCCCAAUGAAAUCAUUUGAUAAAACUGAUAUCUGAUAUCAAUCAGGAUGUUAAAAAAUAGUGCAUUUCAGUUUUGCAAAAGAUAUUUAUUUUGAUAGACUUUGAAGUUGGCUCUCUCUCCAUUUCGUACAAUAUUUUCAUGUCAAGAUCAUCCUUGCUUGGACAAAUGUGACAGCUACAUGCAUUGUACAUGUAAAACAUCAAUGUUAUCUACUAGAUGUUCUCAAUUUGGCAAGGUGCGAUUGAAUUUGGGGAAAAUGGUGUUAUGAUAGACAAAUGAACGGAUAUGCUUGUGUGAUAUAUUUUGAUAACCCGUUUAGGAGGUAAAGGUAGACAAUAAUCAGUAUUGAUUUAAGUUGUAUCUACAAUCAUCUAGAGAUAUCUGACAUAUAUAUCUUGGCAAUUUUAACCAAGGCUACAAGAGUUUUUAACAGUUCAAAAUGGUCAUAUGUCAACACAUAGGAUGUAACAAUUUCCUUUCUUACUGCUGGCAUUAUAUUACUUGAGUAGUUAAUUCUAGGAAAUGACUGGUCAUUGCUCUACAUCUUUUAGUGUCAAGUUAUUAUUGUCAGAUCAUUUCCCCUCCAGGGUAAUUUGAGACAAUGUGUUCCUAAACAAAAUAUGACUAAUCAAUUAUGAUGAAAAUGCUGAUCAAGAUCUUUCCAUCAAAAGGUCAUGUCAAUAGGCUUUUGAUUGAUGUGUUUAGCCACCUGAGACAGUGCCUGGAGUCUUUCUCUCUCAACCAUGACUGCUGUUCAACUGUUGGUUAUUUGAUACAAUAAAACCUUUUUUUCAAUCA